AUGGACCUGAUUGUACAUCCCAGAACGUCGUCACCCCCCCCUGUACGAUGGGGCGUCAGGGUGCCUUCCCCCCAGGACAUUGUUAACGGUGUGCUUCCUACGGCUGUGGCCGUGGCAGGAACGGGAGCCGGGGAGGGCGGGUCAGUGCCGGUACCUGCCCCGGCUGUGGGGCCCAAUCCAGAAGAAGAGGAGGUUCCAGAGGAGGAGCCUAGCCCGGAGCCUGUCCUAGUGAAGAAGGCCCACAGGGAGAUCCUAGACCAUGACAGAAAGAGGAGGGUGGAGCUGAAAUGCAUGGAGCUCCAGGAGAUGAUGGAGGAACAGGGGUACUCUGAGGAGGAGAUCAGGCAGAAGGUCGGCACCUUCAGACAGAUGCUGAUGGAGAAAGAAGGAGUGAUCACCAGAGAGAGAGCACACACUGACCCGACGGUCAAGGUCCAUGGUGAGGUGCAGACAGACCCAGCUGAAGGUUACCAUGAGGACGGCGAAUGGCACGGAGAUAAAGACGGUUAUAGAAUAAAGAGGAACUCUAGCAGCUCUCCAUCUCCUCGACCAAAGAAGAGGAAGAAGAAGAAACGUGCGGUCAGAAGGAGUCGGUUUGACAGCUCAUCUCCCUCCCGCAGAGAGAAGAAGAAGAAGACUGGGAAAAAACACAAGCGAGACAGGUCGACGUCUGGUCAUAGGAGAAAGAGGAGAUACAGAUCAGGUAAAGAAGACCCGAAGAACAAACUGAAAGACAAAACCAGAAAGAGGUCCCCAUUAGAGUCCCCCAGUAGGACGUCUCAGCGUAGAGGCAGCUGCUGUAGCUCCCACAGUGCAUCACUCUCCUCCACAGGCCACAGCCCCUCCAAGUCCCUCGGCAGGCCCAACUCCAAGCACAAGACAGAAGGACACAAGGCCUGUGUGAGCCCUUCCCCGUCUCCCGGUCCUGACGGUCCUGUCACGUGGCACAACGGGCACCACCACCAAAGCGACCGCGGCUGCAACGGCAAGGCGGGCAGACUCAACAGCCACGCGGUCGAGGAGGACAAGGAGCAAGAUAAGCUGAGAAUGCUGACUGCUGUUUCUCCGGGAGCCCAGUCGACCAUGAUACUGCCACAACUGAGAGGAGGAGAGAACAAGGCCCACACUGCCCUCUACAGGGCCCCAGGAAGUACUGCUGCCCAGGCUGGAGAGGCCCUACAUGGGGAGGACAGGCAGACUACGGACCUGGGGUCGUCAGGGAGAUGGGGGAGGACUAAAAGAUCCCACUCUUCCAAGCGUCACCGCCGUGGGGGUCGGGGACAGGCCCAUCACCAGAGGCUGUCUGCAUCCCCAGGGCGGCACCACCAUGCGUCUGGGUCAGGCACCAAGAAGAGUGAGUCUCGGGGGCGGGGCGGUGUCGGUGUCCGCCAGCGCAGCAGCUCCUGGAGCUCAGGACGGUCCUCAUCAUGCUCUGCCUCCAGAGAGAGAGCCCCCAGCAAGGCCAAGUCCCUCCACAUCCAUGCCAGACAGAACAAUUCCAGUUUUUCCGCUAAGGACAGAGAUAGUCCUCACCACUCUGACGCUGACCGUGCUCACCGUCGUUCCAGGAGCUACUCUCCCAUCAGGAAGAGGAGACGAGACUCUCCCAGCUUCAUGGAGGCUCGCAGGAUCACCAGCGCUCGGAAGCGGCCUAUCCCGUACUACCGCCCCAGCCCUUCCUCCUCCAGUUCCAUGUCAAGCCCCUCCCAUUCAGGGAGGAGUCGCAGCCGCAGCUACAGCUGCAGUCACAGCCACACCAGGAGCCACAGCCGCUCACGCAGCCCCAGGAGCCACAGCCGCUCACGCAGCCCCAGGAGCCACAGCAACUACAGUCGCAGCAGCUAUGAAAGCCCCGGCUUCUGA